AUGGAGGAAGUCAACGGGGAGGUGGUGAAUCAAGGAAUAGGCGUCAAGCCAAGCGGGUCGAAGAUGCCGGAAAAGGCGGAAGCACUCACCGGGCUUUAUGAUGAUGACGACGAUGUGGAGGCGGUCGAGGGGAUGGACGCCCUGUUUCUCGUCAGAAAGAACCCUGAAGAGCUCGAGAAGUACAAGAUGCAUCUGAUCGAAUGUCUAAGGACUGAUGAGGGGGAGACCAUUGUGGAAGUUGGUUGCCCGCUGGAUCCGAAGGCACCAAAAGGGUUGGAUCCGAAAGAGCUGGAAAUCGCCGUUGAGACCUUCCAAAACCUGCUUUUGGAGAUCGAAGCAGUGCCAACCAAAAUCGUGACAAGGCCGGCUGGGACAAAGUCUACGGAGGUGUAUCUUGUUCGUGAAAAGCCAAGCGAUGUUGACUUCUUGGAGCUUCGUGUGGCUGUCGUGGGAAACGUCGACGCCGGCAAAUCGACGCUUCUGGGCGUCCUCACCCAUUCUACUCUUGACGAUGGCCGUGGAUUGGCCAGAACCAAGUUAUUCAGGCACAAACACGAGUUCGAGUCAGGUCGUACUUCGUCGGUGGGCAACGACAUCCUGGGAUUCGGAGUCCAUGGCGAGGUCGUGAAUAAUCCUGACCCCCACAACGGCCAUCUUGACUGGGUGGAGAUCACUCGCAAUAGCAGCAAGGUGUGUACCUUCAUAGAUUUGGCCGGGCACGAGAAGUACCUCAAAACGACCAUUUUCGGAAUGACCGGACAUGUUCCUGACUACACGAUGCUGAUGAUCGGCGCUAACAUGGGCAUUAUUGGAACAACGAAGGAACAUCUGUCUUUGGCUCUUUCUCUCUCGGUGCCCGUCUUCAUUGUGGUGACCAAAACGGAUAUGUGCCCUCCACAGAUCCUCGCCGAAACUAUGCGCAACAUAGGACGUCUUGUGAAAAGUGCUGGGUCGAAGAAGAUGCCAGUGCUUGUCCGCAACACCAACGAUGUCGUCCAUUCAGCCGUAAACUUCCCCAAUAAACGUGUUUGCCCGAUCUUCCAAGUUUCGAACGUUAACGGCACCAACCUUGAUCUUCUGACGCUGUUCUUGAAUAUCGUCCCCGUGCGUCGUCUUCGUUCCGAACAUGAUCCAGCACAUUUCCAGAUUGACGACGUCUAUUGGGUCGAAGGCGUUGGAACGGUCGUAUCUGGCACGAUGUUGGCCGGUACGGUUAAGGUUAAUGACAACCUGCUGCUCGGCCCCAACUCGUUGGGUCAAUUUACGCCGCUGGCCGUCAAGUCCAUUCAUCGUAAACGUCUUCCGGUCACUUCUGUCCGUUCCGGGCAGACCGCUAGCUUUGCGCUUAGAAAAAUUACCAAACGUGACGUGCGCAAAGGAAUGGUAAUGGUUGACCCUCGAGUUGAACCCGUGGCGAGCCUUCAGUUCGAAGCGGACAUCCUGAUCCUUCACCAUCCGACUACCAUCAAGGCUAACUAUCAGGCAAUGUUGCACAUCGGCAGCAUUCGCCAGACAGCCACUCUCAUGCAUAUGACCAAGGAAGUGCUGCGAACUGGGGAGCGAGACCGCGUCACCUUCCAAUUCAUCAAAUUCCCGGAAUUCAUACGCCCAGGAACUAAAAUGGUAUUCCGCGAGGGGCGCACCAAGGCUGUCGGCACCAUUGUGAAGGCGAUCCCCCAAGAGUCGGCGAUCGCGCCGAAGAAAAAAGUCACCCGUGAUAAGAGGACCAACAACAACCGCAGCACUGGGCCUAAGCCGCCGAAUGGAAAGCCGAAGACUCCCACUUCCACUUCGGCUUCCGCUUCUUCUUCCAAAGAGAAC